CGAGCAUCUCGAUCGGACCGGUGGGCGGCCCUUUGCUCUGCGGAAUAGAUGCUCUUUUGUCCUACGUGCUCGAACCUGCUUGUGGUGUCUGGAGAAACGGGCUACAACAAAUGGUCCUGCAACACCUGUCCCUAUGAAUUUCCGAUCACCAAGCAGAUGACCUCGAGGACUAAACUGGUCAGAAAAGCCGUCGACGAUGUUCUCGGUGGUGAAGAGGCUUGGAAACAUGCCGACGCUACGAUGGCCUCGUGCCCAACAUGUAACAACGACAAAGCGUAUUUCUAUCAACUCCAGAUCCGUUCGGCAGAUGAGCCGAUGACUACUUUCUAUCGUUGCACAAAGUGUGCCCACCAGUGGCGUGAAAACUAAAGCAUUCGAGCUACCAACAAGUCCUGUUGACUCACUUUACCGAACAUCCAGAUCACGCACGCUGCAGACCGACAAGGCAAUGUCGGGGAUCCCAAUUACAUGGAUCGAUAUCUGAAUCUUAAUUUAUUGCGGUCUGGAAAACAAAAAACCUACACGACGGAAUAUGGCAGAACACAAACACAUGUCUCUGGCUUCGUUUCGCCUAUGUAUACGGUACUGUAGAUGAGAUGUAACACCAAGCUAAAAGCUAGGGUUAGGGUCAGAAGACCGGAGAGUACAAAAAAAAACGGACCCCCGACGACACAAGCCAGUAGUGCAGCGGCAAGGUCAUCGCGUCCUUCUGUUGCAAGCAGAGCAGAAGGACAAGGGCGGCAAAAAUUAGAUAACCAAAUAGAAGGGACUGUGUCCCUCUAAUAGUGGUUAAACUAUUAAGAACAGAUACUACACUUGAUCUAAGCCAAAAGGCCAGAGUGGU